CUAUUUUUAACUAGUUUACUACUUUCGGGGCUAAGGCAUAGUACAGACGCCUAUUAUACAAAUAAUAGCUCUAAGCGUCUAGGGGGUAUAUCACGAGAUAUGGAUGUAGUUAAUGCUGCCCACAUUGAGUGGGCCCGCUUUUUAUGA